AUGACCUGCCCAUGCUCUCCAAAGAGUCCCGCACACAAAAUACACCCCCCACUUGGUGUGACGGUGAUUUUCACAACCCCGAAACUGCUGCCAGUACUUGAGCGUGAGUGGGAUCUAGCGCACCCGCAGGAGACUGCAGGGAACCUACCAAACGGAAAGGAUCCAAUCUUCUUUCGACUAACAGCACACGGCGAUCGGCCAAUCGACCCAACAUAUUUUGACUCACCAUCUGCCUAUACCCAAAGAGCUCGAGAGUUGAUCAACGAGAAUUGGGAUCCAAAUGAUAAAUCAUCAUUCAAAGCAAAGGGAAAUCAGGACCAAGGGAGAGUAACAAUUUUCACCACCCAUGGAUCUUUCAUGGGACAUACCAAAAAAUCCCAGUAUCAGCCUCACCCUACUAAUCGAAAGAACGGCACAGGAGUUCUCCUACUUGCGAUUGCGUUAGUUGGCUUCGGCGAAUUCCACAUUUUCUCCAACAGCUAUGCCGGGGGACUAGGCGUCCUCUUUCAAGAACCAUUCCACAAUGACAACCCAGAUAUGAGAUUGAUGCUGGGCAGUGGAACAUCACUCACGCGGGGACCAGGCUCGAUCGUGAACUGGAUUACAGAUGCUCUUCGUCGAGGGAAAUGGAAGGCGAUAUGGGCACUACAUCAAGCCCUGCGAGAUGCCACGCGAGAAAAUUUUAACGAGCAGACCAAAAAGUGGAAUGCUGCCAUGCUUAACUCUGAUCGUAUAAAGAAGGCCGAAGAAGACGGAGAAUUUAAAGCCGUGCUACUUUUUAUGAAGCCAAUCAUCGAAGCACUGGUAAUGAAAUUCUGCCACGACACACUCUUCCUGGACGGACAGCCGGUAACGAGGUUGGUGCCUCGGUUUGACUGGAUAGUCAAGGGAAUCCACACUGGUGACUGGCAGUUAGUGGUGAAGAAGCUGCACGGAAAAUCAGAAGACUCGUACAAAGCAAUUGUGGACGAAGCAAAGAGAACCUGGAUUGCGAAUUGUAACGCGAAUGGGCCCCAAUGGAAGGCACGAAACCCAUGGAAGAGACCAGCAAAGAGUGGCGGGAAGAUGGCGCGUCGACACCAUGAGCUGCAAAUUUGCAGCUCGCUGCCAGCUUGUUCUCGGGUCAAACGACGGUUUGGAGAUGAAACCGAUAGGUCUAUUAAUCCCAUGGGCUACAAGUGGACCGAAAUUGAAUGGAAAGAGUUGGUGAAAGAAGAACGCUGGAGGGAUGAGAGCGAGGCAGUCUAUAAGAAACGUCACGACGAUGACGUCUUAGGGUGGCUACAGACUCACAAAUUUGAACAUACACUAUGGCACUCCACAUAUCGCAUCUACAAUGUUUCGGUCAACACAAACCCCAGCUUUCGCUGGCACCGACGGAGUGGAAGCAACGCGAUUUUCCCAGAUCUAGAAGCAAGUUAGUGCAUCAGUAACCAUGUCUCAUUUGGAUUUUGCUAUUGCUGCAGGCGGCGAUUUUGAACGUGAUUUCAAGGGCCAGGGGUCAACAGCAGCUUUGAAUAGCUAUUUCUAG